AUGUGCUCGCUACCGACUUGCAAACGGUCACCGCAGGAUUUUGUGUUUAAGCAGGAGCUGGGCCGUGGUUCUUACUCAACGGUGUUCAAGGCGAUCGAUAGGAGCGAUGCGGGACGGGUAUACGCUAUCAAGGUUUGCUCGAAGCAGCAUAUCAUCAAGGAGGGCAAAGUGAAGUAUGUGACGAUCGAGAAGAACACGCUGAGUUUGCUCAAGAGAGCUAGACAUCCCGGCAUAGUGAAAUUGCAUUCUACAUUCCAUGACGAGAAGAAUCUUUACUUCGUGCUGGAGUAUGCGGCUGGCGGCGAACUGCUGUCGCUGUUGCAUAGGAUGGGGACGUUUAGCGAGGCUUGGGCUCGACAUUUCAUCUGUCAAUUGAUCGACGCGGUGGAGUUUAUUCAUUCGCAGGGAGUGAUCCACCGAGACUUGAAGCCGGAGAACCUGCUGCUGAGCAGCGAGGGAAGAUUGAUGAUAACGGAUUUUGGCACUGCUACGACGGCAGGCGGUUCGGAGUGCUCUUCGUUUGUCGGGACCGCCGAAUACGUGUGCCCGGAGCUGCUGCUGCAGAACCGGUGCGAUUUCUCGUCAGAUGUCUGGGCAUUGGGCUGUAUGAUUUAUCAAUUUGUACAGGGGAAGCCGCCCUUCAGGGGCGACAAUGAGCUACAGACGUUUGAAAAAACGGUGGCCUUGGAUUAUCCGUGGAACCACCCCAGUACAACCCCCAAGACUGUCAAUCCGUUGAUUGUAAGGCUCACUAGGCGGAUACUUGUGGUAGACCCAGCGUCGCGACCUAGUCUGCCGGAGAUAAAGCUGGACAAAUGGCUUGAGACGGUCGAUUGGGACAACAAGGAGCUGCUUUGGAGGGGCAUAUGGCAAAUUCAACAGCCUGUCUCAAGGCCCAACCGCCAGAUGGUGCUCUGCAACAGACAGUUGCAUGUUAUCGACACUCCACUGCGAAAUAUACCUGUCACGAAGCAAAAGAAGAAAAAGCCAGCAAAGAUUUCCAACACAACAAGCAGCAUUGUGGAAUGGAGGAAGAGGCUAGGAAUUUCAGUGAGCGACUCCCUGGUGCAGCCAGAAAUUACCCCACCGUCACAACCAGUUGCAGCUAGCCGGGCUUCAUCACCAGCAUUUGGAAAACCAACGCCGUCGCUGCCGCGGGUUAAUACUCGUAAUGCUAACGGUACAACUAAAGGUAAAAUUUCCACGCCUCCCAGCAGUGCAUCGCCGAUAGAUAUGCCAGAUAAUAGCAUCGGCGAUGAGAUUUUGGCACAAGAUUCUUUAGUCUUGAAAAAAGGAUGCGUGAACAUCUUCGAAAUUCCGUACCGAUUGGAUGGACCGGACAUGUCACUUAAAACCUAUAGCAAGGUAGAUAAUGAACUGAUUACACAGCUGGUUCUGCGACACGAAUUGGAGCUAAAAUCUCGAGCUCCAAGCUUCUUAACCCUUUUCAAAGAUGGCACCCUAUCCUACAGAUCAGAUAGCAGCUCAAAGCAUAUAAUCAACAUUGGUGAUCCCAACUUAUCGAUGUACGAUUUCGAUUUCAACGAAAAGGAGCGUACAGGCUUCUUAAUCCUAGAGAAAUAUAAAGUCAAAAUAUGGUUUAUUUCGAUUCCAGAUCGACCUGCCUCUAUGGCCCCAGGCACUAGUAAAAAUAGCGACGAAGAGUGGGUUGCAUGUUUCUUCCGAGCAAGGCAAUUGAUGGAAGAACAAAAGGCACUGAAUGACAAGUUCAGGGAAGUUAGCAUAGGCAAGAAAGCCGGCCAAACACAACCAUCGCGUCCCUCAGGUUCUGAGAGGCCCGCCAAGCCGAGAGUUGCUCGUUCGCCAAGAGUGGCCUCUUCACCAGCGUUUGGUUCUUCAGCUUCAACCCAAAGGAAAGCAAGUGUGACACGAUCUCCAAUAACUUCACCAACCCUUGGCCAUUCUCCAACGAUGAAGAAAUACGCUGCACCGCAAAACAUGGUCAUAAGUAGUAGUCGAUAUGAAGUGCUAAACUCGCUAAGGGUCAGCACCGCCAAGGACGACGCCAGUAGCGGUGCAAGCGCAGCAUUUAAAAGUUUACAAAAGAAGUCAUUUGAGUAG